AUGUCUCUCUCCGUUUCUGCAGGCAGUCUGGAUGAUAAUGACGAUUUGCUCCAUUUACUUACCCAAUCGUGGGAUGAAGAGUCGAAAAAUGCUGUGCAAACAUCCCAAUGGACCCGCGAUUAUCUCCAUCGUCUGACGUCGUUGCCAUUGAAUGAACUAUUGAACGAACCGAAAGAACUUCGUCACGAACAAGACAAGAUGCAGCGAGAGGCGAAACAGCUUGCUUUUCGCGAUUAUCCUUGUUUUAUUUACGCGCAAUCCUGUCGACAUCAAGUGGAUGAAACGCUGAAAGGCUUGGAUCACCAGCUGACGGACUUUGCGACCACCAUACCGGCGUUGCAAGACGCUUGCGAUACGUUUCUGCAAGAAGCCGGGGCCGUCAUGGGAGAACGGUCAAAAAUUACACGUGUGUUGGAACACCAGAAUGUGCUUGUGGAGCUUUUGGAGAUUCCUCAGUUGAUGGAAACAUGUGUAUUGAACGGUUAUUACUCGGAAGCCAUGGACCUGGCGUCUCAUGUCCGGCUGUUGCAUUUACGAUACCCGUUGCCGGUCAUUGAUACCAUCCAGGAUCAAGUCAAAUCGUAUUCCGAUCUGAUGCUGAUGCAACUCUUGUCUCACCUCCGACGCCCCAUCAAACUCGCAGCCGCCAUGAAUAUCAUUGGCUAUUUGCGUCGUCUCGAUACCUUUCAGACCGAGAACGAACUACGCAUGGUGUUUCUGAGAUGUCGCCACAGUUUCCUCGAGCAACGCGUGGACCGUAUUAAACGAGAAAUGUCGGACGAUACCAGAAAACGAAGUCAAGAUGCCGUUGAUUACCUGAAAAAGUACAUUGAUAUCAUGCGAGAACAAAUGUUUGAAAUUGCCACGCAGUAUCUAUCCGUCUUUUCAAACGAGGAGCAAGAUUCAUUGCUUUCCGACUACAUGGUGCACCUCACCUUGGAUAUACGGACCACUUUAUCCGAGUACCUGGGCAUGGUUCAAGACGUUUCGUCUCUGGCAUCACUCUUAACGCAGCUUCAGUACUGUGGCAUGUCCUUGGGAAGAAUCGGUCUUGAUUUCCGUCAUUUCUUU